UUUGCUUUUCUCAAGUCUUAAUACAGCAUGUGGAACAUAAUCCGCAAGCUGUAAACUGGUAGAAAUAUGAACCUCGGAAAAGGAACAGGAUAAAAAUAGGUCCGUUGUCGCCGUACGUGUGAGGUGGGUUAUACUUCCUCAAGCAGCUGAUGAGUUUAGAUUAAUCAAGACAGGCAUUUCAUCGGAAGCACCGAGGAACGUUUUUAUUGAUCUGGCACAAAAUUACACGGAGGUCAUAAAAAGAGGAUUUACAGUACAUCAACAAUUUUCGAGAACAUUUAGCGUAGGAAGAUAGCCCGGGACGUAAGGUUCUCUCAUCGGUUCAUUUAAUACAGCUGUAGGCAGGUUGGGAGAGAACGCAACGCAGCCUGGUUGUUUCGGGAAGAUGUCCCUCUUCAAAUUUGUUCGAAAACGGAGGGAAAUAGAGGAUGAAUUGAAGGCCCUGCGCAUAGACAACUCCCACCUACUUGAAGAGAACCAUGAGUUGCAGGAGAGAUUACAGCAUGAAAAUGGCCAGCUCCAGUUCGAUCUGCAUGGUUGUCGGCAAGACAAAGAGCGACUGGAAAAGGAAAAGGCCUCCCUAGAGGACAACAAAUCCCAGUUGAUGAACAAUGUAUCUGGUCUGAUUCGGCAGAACAACACUUUGCAGAAAGAGGCAAAUGAAUCAAAAGACGAAUACCUGGAGCUAAAAUCCAAAUAUGAUGAAAUAAAAAAUAAACUGAAUGAAGUACAGCGCGAGAAACAGGACCUGGAGACCUAUGCCUCGCAGACGGAAGAGGCAAUUGCGCGGCUGUCGCAUGACCGUGAUAACCUCCAACGGCAAACGAUGGAACUAGAAGAAGACAUACGCACGAUAAAGCUACACCAAAGUCAAAGUCAGGUCCAAGCAGUGCACGUGACUCAGAAGCAGGCCCAGCCUCACGUUCAGACGUCCACAGCAUCAGCCCAGUUGGCGGACCUUGGCGCCAGAUUCUCUAGAGAAAAGGCGAGACUUGAAGAGGAAAUAGAGCAUCUAAAGGAGGAACUUGCAGAUCGUGAUAGGUCUUCAAUUAACAGACAUCUGGAGUCAGCUGUUAACGAUCUGACUUUGGAGAAAGAGCGUUUACAAAGAGAAAACAGCAGGCUUAUGGAUGAAAGGAGACAAAAGGAAAAACUCCUCGCCAUCCCUAAACCUCCUCCGGCAGAGAGAGAAGACUCCGUAACUCGCGAACUAGAAGAACUGAUUACAAGAUUGACUGAGGAGAAAGACCGGCUUCAGCUAGAAAACCGCCAACUGAUAGAGCACCAGGAAACUAGCAGUGUCACCAAGAUCAACAUCAAACUUGAAGGAACUGUGACACAAUUAAUGGAGGAACGCCAUCAACUCGAAGAAGAGAACCAGAGACUGAGAGUAGAGUUGGAAUCGGCUCAAGAGCUUACAGAAGAGACGCAGCUGUUGCGAGAUGAGCUCGAUAAAGCGCGAGUCAACGCGGAACAGUUCCAUGUGCAACUAGACCACCUUACGUCCCGGCUGGAGAAAGAACAAGCACAGGUCCUGCAAAGUAACCGCGAGCUCUCUGAGCAGUGCGAGAAACAGAAACAUCGUGUAGCGGAAUUAGAGUCAGAAAUUGCGACCUUGACAGAAGGGAACGCACGGCUCAAGGAUCAGAACGAAAGCUUAGAAGGACAAGUCCGUGAGAUUUUAAGUCAACUCCAAGACACAUCACAGAAAGAUAAAUCUGACGUUGUGCAACUGACAGAGACUGUUAGCCGUCUUACAGUUGAAAAUAAUGCAUUACUAAACGAUAACCAGCAACUGCGAGACCAUCAUACAUCCGAGGCAACUCAGUUCAAGGAGGAAAUGGAAAAAAUAAACAAAAUGUAUAAACUGCUAGAAAAGAACAAGGAGGAUGAAAUACACGACCUGCAGUCUCUUGUGAAAUCCCAACAGGAAGAACGACAAGAAUUGCUCAGUAAACUAGAAAUUCAAGAAAAAGAUGCAAUAAAAAUGAGAGAGGAUUACGACCUCCGUAUUUUCCACUUACACACAGAGAAGAUUCAACUAGAGGCUAGAAUCGGCGAUGCCGAAGAAAAUCUGGCGUCUGUUAAAGCAUCGGUGAGUGACACGCAGACUCAAACACCUCAGGAGCAGGAAGUGAAGGUUCAUCGUGGAGUGGCUGAGGAGCAUAAAGAAAGCAUACAUCAGCUGACUGCAGUGAUAGAUAAACUGAAGGAAGAGAGAGGACACCUCCAAAAUCAAAAUCGCGAAUUAGAAUGCAGAAUCGACGAAAUUAGCCUCUCGCUGAGCAUAGAAAAGGAUAGACGCAUAGAAGAUGAUGAUGAAACCAAGAGUCAGUUAGAAAAACAAGAAAAGGAGAUCAGCAGUCUCAAAGAAGAAAACAGCAGCCUCAAUAAACAGCUGUCAGAAUUGAGAGAAAUAGUUGAUCAGCUUGAAGAGGGACUCCCGAAAUUUAUCGAUUCUGCUGAUUGCGCUCUCGAAAGUGAAGACAUAAGAACGGAGGUUAUACAAUUGCGUGAGCAGCAUCUAAGGUUGCUGCGCGUACUCAGCGAAAACAAGACAGGAAUUCUACCCCUAAUGCCAAAAGAGGCCACUGUUAAACAAAGCAUACUGUCCGAAGAAGACAAAGCUGAGCUAGAGAGUCUGCGUUUAGAGGUGGUCGACUUGAGACGCCGUCUUAAAGAAAAUCGAGAUGAACAGAUUUAUGAAGAGCUACAAAGAGAUGUUGGCACCGAAAUGGACGCAGAAGUCCUACGAGUUGAGCAGGAAGUAACUGAUCUUCGAUCCAAAAUUUUGACAAUGGAAAAGUCUUUAGAAGUAGCCAACGUUACUAUUGCUGACGUCACUUCCCAGCUACAGAAGGCCAGUGACGAAGAGAAUAAGCUAAAAGCUAAUAUCAGUGCAUUAAAUGAAGAAAAUGAGAAAUUAAAAGAGGAAAAUAUGCUAUUACACCACCGGAUAAUGUCAGUACAGCAGACGACAGGUACAUCUCUGGAGCAGACGACAGAUGGCGAUACAGUCAAAUUAAUAGAAGAAAGACAUCAGUUGGAAGAAAGCAAUGUGCAACUCAGAAAAGAAAUCGAACUUCUUCAGACGACGUGUCCCGAGACGGAAGCGGCAUUGGAAAAGAAUAUAGAAAAACUAAGAACAGAAAAUGAGAAUUUGAAGGAAAAAUUAAUGUGCCUGAAUAAGGAAUUAGAAGAGCGGGUGAAAGAACUUACUAACGAAAACUUUAAUCUCCAAACAAAGCUCAAAGAAAUCGACUCAAAGGACGAGACUUCAGGCAAUGAAAGUUUGCAGACUAUAAAACUUCUGGAGAAUGAAAAUGUUCAGAUGAGGUUGGAUCUUGAAGAUGUCAAAGUAAAACUAGUCCGAGCUGAAGAGCACCUGGCGAGCACUACCACUGAGUUGGACGAGUUAAAAAAGACAUCGGAACAAGAGAAAGUUCAACUGCAGGAGAGAUUUACAGACUUGCAAACCACUAAUAUGAAGACAAUACAGGACCUAACGGAGAGGCUUUCUGCCUCUAUAGCAAAAGAUAAGAUGCAGAUACAAGAGUCAGAUCGCCAGGUAAGCGAAACACAGACAGCAGACGUCCGUGAAGAUGUUCAGACGCAGCAAACACAAACGAUUCCUGCUCAGCAAAAGGAAGCGUUAUGUCAAACUGUAGGCGAGUCUCACGUUGGAGAGAAAUAUGACGUCACUUUGGAUCAACUCCGUAAAGCAAACAGCAGCUUGUCUGAGGAGAACACAGAACUAAAAUUGCGCAUAGCCGAAGCUGAGGCCAAAUCACUGGUAUCUAGCUGGACGCAGGAUGCAGGAACAGUGAAGGAAUUAACUGUGACCAUUAAUAAUCUUACUAUGGAAAAACAACGGCUGGAAGAUGAAAACAAAAAGCUUCAAAGACAGUUAGAACAAAUCCCCACUGGUGGCGAAGAAUCGGUUCAGGCUCACAGUGAAGUAUACUUUGCAGCGCCUUGUGUUGUGGUAGAGGAGUUGGAGCAGCAAACGGAUGAUGUGGAUAAAAACUUAGAGGAAGGAGAAGUAACUGCAGUUUCAAGUGGAGUGGCAGAAGCCGAGCCUGUUGGAAAAUUAGAUUUGAGUUUGUCUGAGGAGGAAAUGAAGCAGACGACACAACAUUCAUCAGAGCAGCUCACUGACCAAACGACAGGGGACGCCGCAACUAGCAACGAAGACGAAAACGAAGAGCUAAGAACCACCAACGAUAGACUAGCAGAAGCGAAAAUGCGCCUGGAAAAAGAGAAUGCCGAUCUGAGAUCACAAUUUGAGCAUUUCAAAUGCCACGCUGAAGAGCUGACGGAGCAGCUGCACAAUUCGUUUGCCUUAUUUGAAGCAGAAAAGGAGAGAUUCUUCAGUGAGAAGCAAUCAAUGACGACAGAGUACGAGCAAGUGAUAUCCGAACUUUCUAAAGAAAAUUACGAACUAAAGCGUAAAAGAGCUGAACUUGUACACGAUCUCAGCGACAGUACGAAAGAGCUUGCAGAUAUGAACGCCCACUUGCAGGAUGACAAGCAGCGCAUACAGGGAGAGUACGACAAACUUGCAAAGAAAUUCGAAGCACACGAGGCUCAAGCUAUUCAGACUAAGAACCAAAUGGAGAUUUCGGUGGCAAGGAUGAUAAAUCAGAUAGAGGCCCUUGAAAAGAAAAACAAAGAGUUGACUGAUGGAUUGAAGGCCGAAGAUGAAGAUGCCGUGAAAUAUCGCGCUGAACUUGAGGAGACUGCACGCAAGUUAAACGACGAAAGACUGAGGAUAGACGCCAUGCAAGGCGAUAAAGCCCAUCUCCUUGAUAUUAUCAGACAGUUAGAAAGCAGUAAUAAACAGCUGUCUGAUCUGUUGAAGAAGUACUCUGGCGAUGCAGCUGCCACCGAUACACAGCUCAGGACUGCUGUGCUCGCGAUGCAGGACGAGAAGACCCGCAUUGAUAAUUUGGAGAAAGAGAAAUUCCAGCUCAUGGAAAUAAUGGAACAGUACGAGGAACAGAGUGAGGUACUAAUCAAUAGUCUGAGGUCCGACAAAAAACGACUAAAUGAGGAAAAUGAUGACCUUCGUAACGAACUGGAGGAGAUGUACGCCCUUUUGAGAGGAGGGGAAAAUGAUGCCAUUGACAUUUUAGCAGAGAAAGAAGCUGAGAUAGCAAUUAUUAAAGCUUGUCGGUCUAUAGAGGACGAGGUUUUCAAGACGCAUCUUGCACAAGAGGCCAAGGUGGCCAAGGAAAGGGCUGCAGCGAUCGAACGACAAACUAAUAAGCAAAUAAAGGACCAGUAUCAGUCUCAACUGGAUGAUCUUGAACGCGAUGUCUUCAAUAAGGAUUUACGAAACCAGCAACUGGAGUUGUUACUCAGCAAAGUUGAAGAGGAACUUCAGAUGGAGAAAGAAAUCAACGAAGAGAUUUGCAAAGAAAUACAAAAACUUCAAGAAGUUAGCACAACUGGGGAAAUUGAGCCCAUAGUGGAGAGAAUUAUGGUCAAGAAAACAAUAGCACAUUUGACCAAAGAAGAGCGAGGUGAUUCACAAGACAUCAGCACAACAGAUGAAGAUGAGGAAAUUACUGCACCGGAAGUGACGCGAGAGGAACGUAAAUCUAUACGAGAUAUCAUGAGUGGUCUCGAGACUUUGAAAGAGGAAUCAGAAAACGUUGACGUUCAUCGCCUGAUGGAAGAGAACAGAUUACUUGUGAAACGAAUGACUGAGUUUCAAACACUCAGAGAAGAAAAUGAACGACUGACGGAAGAGUUGCAUACGUUGCGAUCCGGUGGUUUAGAAUUCGCAAUAUCACAGGAAUUAGAUUCUAUUAAAAGAGACAAUGAGCGUCUUAUUCAAGAAAUGGAUAUUUUGAGAGCUAAUAUGGAGGAGGCCAGUGAGGAGUCUGUAUUGAGCAUGCGCGCUGAUGUGAUGCGCGUAGAUGACGUUCAGCAGGAGGCUAUUCCUAGAGAUGAGAUUGAAUUAAAAAAGAAGUAUCAAGUGGAAGAUCUGGAAAAUAAACUCCAAGAAUCUGAGUUUAGUAAACUGGGUUUGGAGCACGAAUUAAAGAAAUUAAAAGAGAAAACAGAAAAUGAAAAACAUGACUAUGAACAAGAGCGAAACUCUUUAAACCAACAGAUUACAGAAUUGAGUAUUCAAGUACAUGAGCGGGAAAUGUCUAUAGCAAUGUUGGGUCAACAAAUUGAAAAUCUGAGGGCAAGAUCUGAUGACACAGUGGAAACAGAUCGCGCUGUUAUACAAACAAUAAGUCAUGAAAACGAAAUCCUCAAAUCAAAGUUGUCUGAGUCGGUCAAAUUGGUAGAAAACGAACGCAGACUCAAAGACGAAAUAAACCAAAUGCUGAAGGAAGAAAAUGAAAAGAACAUGAAAUUAAACAAAGAAAUGGUAGCGAGGAAAAAUGAGCUUCAAAAUAUGUCACUGCAGUUAGCAAGCACUGACAAAGAAUUGGAAACGAUACAACUAAUUGCCGAAAGGUUUGAAAAGACAUAUGCAAACGUUGAAGAGACAAUAGGAUCUUUACAGAAUGAAAAUAUAUCUCUAAAAAAGACAAUAGAACAACUCAAAGAGCAUCAACGUAAUUUAGACCAAGAACUUGACAGAAUGAAGCAACAACAAGCUUCAGAGGCCUCAGUCGACAAUGAACAGAAUCGUGUUAUGAUUAUUGAAUUAGAACAAGAGAUAAGUAACUUACAAGGAUAUCUGGAAGAUCGCAAUAAACUCCAUGAAACCUGCAAAGAACUUAAAUGCCGUUUGGAAUCUACAGAGCAAGAACUUGUCCAGACAAAAGAAACGAGUGAGAAGGAAUGCCAAGAUUUAAGGAACAAAAUCAAAGAAUUAACUGAACAGUCUGCUCAUGCCCAGAUAGAGCAAACACAAGCCGCCCACCUUUACGGAACGCAACACGAACACUUAGCUUUGCAUGAUCAAGUUCACAAAAUAGAAAAAUUAGAAAGAAGGGUAAAAGAAAUGGAAGAUAUCAUUGAUGACCUGGAAAGGGAAAAUGAUUUACUUCGCAAGGAAAAAACCGCCGAGGAAAGUGGCGUAACAUUGAGAGAGUUGGUGGAAAGCGUUAGUGAUAUGCCAGACGCGGAACCUCUUACCUCUGUAGAGCAAGUUAGGCGAGACAGUUUACGGGAACAAAUCCAGUACGAGAAAGAAUUCCAGAAGAUGGAUUCCAAGAUUCUGCAACUUCAUCAGGAAAACGCCUCGUUACACGAAAUAUUACGUCAACAGGAGAUAGAAAUAGCUUCAGCAGAUAUUUCGAGCGACAGGGAAGUCUCGCGAGAUUCUCCCGACGGAGAAAGGGAGGAUCUGGAGAACAAAAUUGCCGAUCUCACAUGCGAAACUAGUCUGCUGCAAGAAAUGCUGAAACAGAAAGAAGAGCAUUUUAUGUUUGAACUGGAGGCAUGCAACAGACAAAAAGUUGUUGAGACGAAGUGGCUGCAAGACAAGUGCGAAGCGUUGGAGGCAGACAGGUCCGAGCUGCAAGCGGAAAUAAUGCGACUUCAGGUGGAGCGAACUUUUGAUGAAGACGCUGAUAGCAAUGAGAAAGAGCAACUCCAAAUAAAAAUCGAUGAACUUUUAAAAAAAUCAACGGACCUGACAAGUGAAUUGAACAAACGCGAGCAGGCCCACGCCCAGGAGAUUCGUGACUUAAAUAUCCAGAUGGAGAAGGCCAAGUCUCAGUUUGAUACCACAGUGACAGCAUUAUCCAAUGAAAAUCGCGCUCUGCAGGAGAAGAUCAAGGCAAUUCAAGCUAAACCGGGAAAGAAUGGAAAGGGUGGGAAGGGACGAGCGGACGACCAGGAAGUGAUCGACCUCAAACGCCGCCUGGAGGCCGCAAAAUCGCAGAAGGAAGAUGUAGAGAAGAAAUUUAAAGAAUUGAAAGACAACGCCAAGGACCAGAAGAAGAAGGCAGUCGAUGAAGUCCGCAAGGAACGCAGUAAGGAAUUUGAUAAAAUGAAAAAAGAAUUGGCUCAAAGAGAUGAACACAUUGCUGGCCUGCAAACCGAAAUGGACGGGUUACGAACACGGAUGGAAAGCCAGCAGCAACUUCUGGAGAACAAGUACAGCAGGGACCAUUUGAACCAAGAGCUGGAGAACCUCCGAGUGGACAUGGAGAAGUCGUUCGCCUUUGAGAUGGAGGCGAAACAGGAGGAGAUUGAACUGUUACACAGGAAAGUUCAAAAGCUAGAGAGAGACAGUUCCGACAGCGAGAGGUCAUCAGGAAGCUCCCGUGAAACCUCGCCCAGAAAGCAUAGAUCACCCAAAAGCCCUACCGCCUUGCCACCAUCCAGCCCACUUCAUCAACCACCGUCCCCCAGCCGAAUGCAGUGCUCGCCAAGCCCACCCAUAGCCAUACCAAGCCAUCCACAGUGCCCUCCCAGUCCGCCGCAGAGCCCUCCCCGUCUCGCUAGCAGUCCUCCUGCAAGUCCUUCUUUAGAGCCAUCCACCCAAGUCAAAGAGAUAGAAGAGGAAAGACACGAUGAGGCCUCAAAGGCAGAGCCCCUUCAGUCUAGCAGCGGUUCAGAUUCCGCGAACCACGAUGGCAGUUACGGAGACGUUGACACGAAGGACGACGAUCUUUCAGGGACUGCUGAAGGCUUUAGCGAGGUUAGGCGGAAACGCAGACGACGUAAGCGGAAGUCUACAUCCUCACCAAAGUAAUGCCACUAAAUGGGGAGACAGGGGAAAA